CAAUGUUAAUCCAAUAUCUAACUCUCUAUCUCUCUCUCUCUCUCUCUCUUUAUAUACAGCCUUUCAGCUGGCCAAUUCAAACUGCACUUGUCAACCCUUUUUUGAUCUCUCGGUCCUUCCUUUUCAUUUCCCAAUCUCUCUUUUUUUCUAUGUAAGUUAUAGCUAUUCCUUCUCUUAUAUCUUUAAGGACUGUCUCUUAACAUUUCAAGAACAUGGAUUGCUUGGUCUUGCCUGUUUCACUCUUGAGAAAGCGCUCCACAGGGUCCCGGCUAGGCUACCGGCCUUUAAAAGAUGAUGGGUUCUCGGAUUUUAACCCGCCAGUGACAGUUGUGGUUGGGAAAGAGAAGAGAGAGUUCUUGGUGGAUCCCUUUGUUUUGGAAGAGAGUCCUUUUCGAGUUCUGAUAGAAACAGUAACAAGUAAUGAUAUUAAAGAAGAAGAUGAUCAUCAUGCGAAGAGAAGAGAAAAUAGAGUGAUAUUUGUGGAUGUUGAUGCGAUUUUGUUUGAGCACAUGUUGUGGCUUAUGUAUAAUGAUUGUUCUUCUUUGUUUCAGCUCAAUCUCAAGGAGAUUAUUGACUUCUAUGCUCAAGAUUAUUAGAGAAUUAUGGAUAAACAGGAAGGUUUACUA